GUCUUGAGGAGAUAGCUGACGAAAUGCAUUUGUAUGAAAACGUUGAGCGUUAAGAGAAUCCUACUGAAGACUUUCAAGCGUAUGAGGAAAAGUACUUGCAUGCCUUAACCUUAUUCGCGUCGUUAAAGAGCGACCUUCAGCCAAGCGCUACACCUCAAGCGGAUCACAACAUGGCCACAUUGCUGCAACAACAAAGUGAGUUCUAUCAGCGGCCUUCUGAAAAUGGAACAUCAUCGUUGGCCACGCCGCCGUCUGCUGUAGUUCUGGCCUCUUCUUAAAGACAUUAACGAAAGCAGCGUCCGUAUCAAAAGUCACCUAGGAAAGAUUCGAAAGUUUUACUACCUGAAGUCGCUUAUAGUUGGUGAAGCGGCCAAUCUUCUCAGUCACAUUAAAGAAUCAGCUUAUUAUUCGACAUGUGAACGCCUCGACGAGCGAUAUCGCAGUUCAUCAACAUUAUCACCGGCACUCAAAAGAAGCACAUUGCCCACAGCUUUGGUGUACGUCCAAAACGCUAAAGGGGCUUUUAAAGUUGGCCGUGUGCUAUUGGAUAGCGGCUCUGAGCUGUCUUAUGUAUAUGAACGUUGCGUCAACGCACUUAGGCUCGAUCGUUCACCCUCAAAGAUCCUAUUCUCCGGAAUAUCUUCCGUAAAGGCUGAAACUACACGAGGCUUGGCAACGCUGCUCAUCAAAUCAAUGGUGUCAUUGCAUUGUUCUCGCAGCCCAUGUGCUAGGCAGAAUCAAGUCAUCACUUCAAAGAGACGAUAUUGACGAAACAGCUUUAAGGAUCUACGACCAGUUGACAUUUUACUGGGCACUGAACAAAUUUGGCGUGUUCUGUCAGGCAAGAAAAGCAUGGUACCGAUGGAAAUAUUAUAUCAAUCAUUUCGAUUUUUUUUGCAAUCGCCAACACGCUUAUGAUUUCGGUUGACAUAAACGCCUCUCUUCAACGCUUUUGUGAGAUCAAGGAUAUCACUGAACAUUAACAAAGAUCCUUCGCACGAGAAGGUGGAGUAGCAUUUUCUGACCACACAUUCUCAAGACCCAGACGGAAAAUACAUCGUUGAACUGCCUGAAGGGCAAUUUAUAGCCGACUUGCCAGCUGUUCGGGUACGUCAAGCAUUUCCAUUUGAAAACACUGUGUGCGACAGUGCCGGACCGCUUUUACUCAAAGUGUACAAGGAACAAAAUCCACGAAAGGAUACAACAGUCUUUUCGUCGUCCAAGUAACCUCCGCAAUUCAUUUGGCUACAGAUCUCACCCCGGAGACAUUUCUCGCUGUACUUCGCCGUUUUAUCUCCCAUCGAGGCAAGUGUACGCACAUCUACAACGACAACGAUCGUAACUCUGUUAGAGCAAAGAAAGCAUUGGACGAGAUGUAUAAGCUCAGCUGUCGCAGCAGCACAAUAAUCAAUUAACCAACAUUGGUCAGCGAGGUUAUUAAAUACAGCUUUAUACCACCUCACGCACCACACUGGGGCGGAAAAUGUUCGCUCCGUAAAGCUACACCUGCGUCGGGAAUUCCAUCCUCACAUUUGAGCAAAUGCACACCCAAAACGCCCACUGUUCGCCACAUCAUACAUCGAGGUUUCCUACUUUUUAACAGCUCAUCUGCUGAUUGGACGCCUAUAUACAUCGGCCCCAGAAGGCGGUCUUGGCCAUGUUGCAGUUAACUGGAUUACUGGAAAAACGUUCAGGCAAUGCUACAAGGCUUCUGUAAGAGAUGGCAUCAGGAGUACCUCACAACAGCGAUCGAAAUAGAAUACGGAGAGGAAGAACGUUGCUACUGGGGGCAUGGCGAUCGUCAAGGAUUCAAACACACCCCCCGCCGCAUGGAUUCUGGCGCGCAAAUUCGAGGAUGGAAAAAUAUCUAACCAAGAGUUUAAAGAUGCAGUAAAAAAAACUUGUGUGGGCAAAAAGUACGAGGAGUUUCCACAGGCGAUGAGAGCAUUUAUUGAAUCGAACUUCAAGCUACUUGACAUAGACAGCGAUGGUAUUGUUGGAGUUAAAGAAUACCGUUAUAACUGCAUAACUAGAGUAGCCAUCGACGAUAUCACACCAAUUGACAAAGCCUUCGAGACAUUGCUGAAUGACGAGGAUCGGAAACGUGGAGGUCUUUCAUUAGAUCGUUACAAAGAACUGUAUGGUCAAUUUUUGGGAAAUACUGCUGAUAAUCAUCCAGCAGUAAAUCUAUUUGGGCCUUUAUAAAUAUUUUGUACAUUUAAUUGUCUUCGCUGUUGUUCAACUACUAUUUAUUAAGAUUUAUUUGUAAUUACUAUGACUUUAAAUUUAUUACCACAUAGCAAUAAUACAUUCAUAUCAUUUUGUGUAGAAUCGUCAGAUAACCAGUUCGUUAACUUUAAAGUUUUUUAGUUAGUUAAGUACAUUUGCUCUCAGAAGUUUAAAAUAGGUAAUGAUGUUGAUUUUCUCUCCCAAAAAGGCUCUUAAGUUAAUACCUCUCUCUCGAAACUAGAUUACAAAUAUUUGUUGUGUUCAAUUAAAGUUGUAAUAAAUAAAUACCAAAAUAAA